GAACCAAGGGGCGCCAUCUGGGCGAGCAUUGACGCGACUGUUUUUGGUGUUUUGAAAUGCACCGGUUGAUUAUCAAUAAGUUGUUAUUUGUUGAUAAUUCAUUAUGAGCCAGAAGGGAGAUCAGCCGAGUCAGCUGUCAGGUUUGUCCGGGGUAUCGAUCAUUCGCAGUUCGAGUCCACAGCCCCAUGAUACCACCCUACCAUCAAAAUACGGAGAUUCUGAAAGGCUGCUUAAUGAUAUUGCUGACUGUGAAGAGACGAUUACUGAAGUUGCAAGGGUUCAAUUAAUCCAGGAGUGUCUCGAGGAAGUGGCGAAUGAUGGGGGACUGCUCUCCCCGGAGACCUGCUGCAAGUUGAGGCAAAUUAUCCAAGCGCAAAGUGUCGAUAAGUAUCUCAAAGUUCCGGUGGAUCUCGGGAAUGGCAUUCAGACUCAGUUGUUGGGAAUCACCGAUGUCUCGAAGCCAGAACUAAGUGCUGAUGAGAGGAAACUAGUGAAGGCUGAGGUUGAAAGAAAAAUUCGAGACAAGUGCCAGAAAUUCAUCACAAAAUAUGAGAAGUUAGGUGGGAAUAUCAGAGAGGCAAUGGACACCAACAAGUCACGAGCUAGACUCGACUUAUCUCGAAUGAACGAGUCCCUCUUAAGUAACUGGAAGGAAAAACUAGAAGAAGUAUGUAAUGAGUACCAGAGGGACGUGGUGAAGUUGGCAGAGUUGUUGGAAGACUGGAAGAAAUUAAAAUACGAUGAUGUAGAAGAGAUAAACAUGAAGAAGGCAGAGACUAAGCUGCUCCAGUCGCAAAUAGCAGAGAUCCAGGCGAGGCUGACUAAAAUCUCGUGCACGAUAAAGAUGUUCAAAGAGACGCCGACGACGAUCACUGCCUUCAAGACGAUCAGCCACGAAUUGGACGAUAAAAUCGCCCAGGUCGAGGGGGAAAUAAAGAAGAAAAAACUGUUGAAGAAGCAGUAUGAGGACCUCCAGGGAACUGAAUACGACGAAGUGCUGAAGAGAUACCUGGACCUCUGUGCGACGAUAAAAAAGGAGGAGCGUUUGUUGGAGAUGUUAUGA